AUUAACUGCCUCAUGAAUAAUACAUACUGACUCACCCGCUGGUUAAUCCCCUUACCUGGCUGUAGAGGCGAGGUCCUCCGGACAGCGGAGGGAAGGGGAGCGUUGCGGAGGAACCACCGAGAGGCCGCUCACCGGCGAGAGCGGCGCAGGAACGGGCUGUUCGCGUGCCCGUCUCUUAGCAACAACCGUCAACACGGCACCCGGGGCGGCGGCGGCGGCGGCGGGCCUCCCGGGCCGUGGGAGGCCGAUGAGCGGAACGGGAGGCUGCGCAGCUGGCCGAGGAGGCCGGACGGAGCGCCGGCCGCGGCCCCGCAGGCACUGAAUGGCUUUGUUUCCACCAGUGGAUUCUGUGGUGGCAGCUACUAAGCUUGUUCCCAGUUCCCAGCUGGAACCCCAGAACAACAGCUUUCAGCAUGAACUCAUACCUCACAAAGAAGAAAGUUUAAAGGAUUUCUGUGCCCAAAAGAGCCGAAGUUACUCAUAUUCUCUUUCUGCAGAAAGCAGUCAACACAGCUGCAGGCAUGGGGGCUUCUGUUCAGCUGGACUGCAGAGCAAGUGUCUCACCAGCCAGACCAAGACUCUGCCUGCUAAAUCAGUAGCCAGGCAGAAGGAAGGAGUGGACCGUGCAUAUCCCCUGAAACCAAUUUUUCACCACAAGGGUGUGAGUGUCCCAACAGUCAACAGAGCACAGCUCGGAAAUUCCCCAUACCUGGAGGAAGCUCCAAAGAGUAGGCCUAGCUCAAUGAGCAAAGGGAAGCCUCCAGCAGGCAGGUCUCAGCUACCUGCAGUGCUCUUUCCUUGGACAGCAGGGCCUAAACAGUCAGCCUCCCAUCUCUACAGGAGAGAGCUGGCCUACAUCCUAAAGUUGGAGGCAGAUGGACGGAACCUGGAAGAGCACAUUCGAAAGAAAGAGGCCAUCCUCAGAGAGAAGCUGGGGAGAACAAAGGAAGAUCUUAGGAGGAUUCAAAGAGAGAAGGAGCUUGCCAAGGCAGAGGAGAGAAGAGACAGAGAAGCAGAAAGGACCCAUGAGCAAAAGGCCACAAGGCACACUGAAGAGAAAGCUUUUGGAGGUGCAGUCAGGCCAGGUGAGGGUGAGGGGGUCCUUGGUGGGGUGCAGUCUGCAGAGGCUGCUACCCCAAAGCCUGGCACCACCCUCCACCCCCAAGACCUGGCUAUGGGGAGACUCAAGAAGGAGCGGCUGGUGGCCAGCAACAGCAAAAUUAGAGACCGCAUACCCAUGGAGCAUUUAACCUCUUGUUCAGAGCUGGCCCUAAGGCGUAGCCCUUCUCCAUCUGCUCUCUCAGACCAAGACUCUGGUGACCACCCAUCCACAGAGGUGCUGUACCUGCAGGCUGCCAGCGCUGUGGAAGAGGGAGGGCUUGGACAGUGCAGCUUCUGCAGACGUAAGUUUCUCUGCACCAGGCUUGAGAAGCACAUGAAUAUUUGCAGCAAGAGCCAAGGCUCCAAGAGGAAAGUGUUUGACUCCAGCAGGGCCAGAGCUAGGGGCACAGAACUGGAACAGUAUCAGCAGUGGAAGAGCUCAGAGAGGCUUCAGAAUAAGCCACCCAGAAGGAACAACUGGAGGCAGAAGCAUGAGGCUUUCAUCCAGACCCUGCGCCAGGCUCGCCAGGUGCAGCAAGUCCUAUCCAAGGGAGGGAAGGUGUCUGAUUUGCCCCCGUUGCCUCCCAUCGAAAAUCCAGACUAUGUUGCCUGCCCCUACUGCAGACGCCGAUUUGCUCCCCAGGCAGCUGAAAGACACAUUCCCAAAUGCAAAACCAUCAAGAACAGGCCUCCACCCCCACCACAGAGGAGGCGCUGCUGAGGUGGCGUCCAACUGUACCUGCUGCUGUGACUCCCUGCCUGUUCUCUGCCAGGUCUCCAGGUUCCCACUGGCUGCAAGGGUUGAGCCUGUAUGUACAGCAAGUGAGCAGUGCAGGACAUACAAACAGAAUACUGGAACCUGUGCGCUUUGACCUGUGCCCUGGUCUGCCCCGUGUGGGAUGCCCCUCUGGGGGCCGCUUCUCCUGUCCCGUGAGUUCAACGUGGAGUCUCAGCGUGGGUCUAAGGCUGUCACUGUUAAGGCAGCUGAGCAGGGGAGAAAGGUUGUUGCUACAGGCUGUCAGUGGGAUAGCAGUGAGGAGCAAACCAUCAAAAAGGGGCUGUUCUUCAGAAUCAUAUUUUGCCUGUUGGUUAGGGAGGCUUGGGCUUUCCUUUUUUUUUUUUCUUUUCCUAGCGGUGUCUGAUGUGAAGAGAGCUGCUCUGCUUUAGCUCAUCAACGGCUGCAGACUUGGGAUUUUUCCCUUCUCCAAAAGCAUAGAGCAGUACCGUUCACGUGAAGAAGAGGUGGGCCAAAUGGAACACCUGCCUUUUGUUUGCUCUGCUGCUCUAUAGAUGCAGAUGUUCACCCUGAAUGUGCUAACAGCAACAGUCGUUCUGGCUGGCAUAGCAUCUGACUGUAGCUGCCUACAAAAGAUUGGGAUGCGAGGGGUUCCUCUUCUUUUGCUUUAGAAAGGACUCUACAUUCUUCAAAACUAUUUAGCAUUUAGACAAGGCAUUUGGAAAAGUCAGAGGGAAGGGAGAAAGCUAUAUAAGCAGUUAACUUUUUUUUGCAGCAAGCACUACUGUGUUCUUCCAUCCAUGGUACUUGUACUGCAUGACAGGAUCCAGAGCUGCUGCUGCGUCAUCCCUCACGCUCUGUCCUAUCAGUUGUAGCACUGCUUAUGAAAGCUGUGUAGGUAGGUUUAAUCCGCACUUGUUCUGCAGCAGCCCAAGAGUUUAUUUAGGUGCUUUUCUAGAACACUGGUGACAAUCCUGGGGCUACAUCUUAACAGCUGAAGAUCUGUAAUGUUACCAUUUAGAAACCCAGUGUGACAUUGUUUGAAUUAUGAAAGCAGAUCUGGGAGGAGGAGUAUUAAAUGCUUCCUCAACAUAAGAAGCUCAGGAUCAGAAAUCCAGCAGAUCAGAAAAGCGAGCAGUAGCAGGCGCUUUCUGUUUGAGUCUGUAUGUCGCUUCAUGUGCCCAGAAGAGCAGAGACACUCCAAACUGGCCCUUGAGGCCACAGAACAAUCAUCCCAACCUGUUACUGACCACGCACAAUAGCUGGGGCUCACAGUCAGGAAGGGGCGGAAGAAAAAACACUUAAUUAAGAAUAAUGCCACACUGAGCUUAUUCAUGACCUAUUUUUGAUCUGACUAGAAAUUGGGUUUCUAACUAGAAGGGGAGUGAUGUCACAGAAGAACCUUCCAAAUAGAUUAGCACAGGCAAGGAACCUGCAUUGUUUCAAGAUGGACUUUGAUGAGAUCAUGGAAGCGAUCAUACGGCAGGAGUUAGAAAUUAAGAAUCGUGAUGCAGAGCAUUUGUUCCUAUCUCCAGGCUUCUGGUAUAAAGUGUGAAGAACAGAUCAGUGACAGUUCUGUGCCUCAGUGUAUCACUUCCAGAAGCUGAGAAGGAAUUUCCUUCCCACAGCAACCUUCCCUUGAUUCCUAGCUUGGCUUCUGAUUUAUUUUUAAUUUCCAUCCAGUAUGUUUAAGAACUGCUACAGCUAAAAGAAGCCAAAUAGCUCCUGCCCCCAGAUGGUACACUAGGAACUUCACAUCAGAAAAGCUGUUAGCUGUUUCACUCGUUUUUCAGGAUUAAAUCAACAAUUUGUUUUUUUUUUUUUUAAUAUUAAAUGAGUUUUCCUGCAGGCCAAGUUGCUAGGGACCUCUUAAACACAGGGCUUGUACUCUUCCUUGAGGCACCUGCUUAUUUUCAUCUUAAUUCAUUACCGUUGCAGAAACUAUGACAAAUGUAUACCCCUUCUUUUGUUUUCUUCUCAAGGUGUUGGUAGUUGUUGGUGAAUUUAGGCUCAUGCUAAAGGUCUUUGUCACAUGCUGUUAAAGGGUCUUUUGGGAGAAAUAAGCAUCUUACAGACCCUUUUAGAGAAGCAUCUCCUUAUAAUUGGUAACAGUUCCUGCACAUUUCUAAGCUAUUUUUCCAGAUUCUGAUUUUUAAUAUAUUAGACUAGUUCUGUUGUGUAAAAGUGGUUUGUGUUCUCCAAGUAAGAAUGACUACUUCAUAUGAGAAAGUUGCAACAGGAAGUAAACAGGGAGCAAAAAAAAUUCCAGCAGCUCCUUUUGCAAGUCCUUCAGUAACACAGCAGCAGCUCAUGGGAACCUAGAAAGAAAUAGAAAGCAACUAGAUUAAACUGGACUAGUCAGAAGCUCAAUAUGGAGAAACACUGUAGCCUUCAAUGGGCGGACCAGCCUCCUGGAAGAAGUUAGAGAGCUUCUGCUCUAUAGAUACGCAUGGGCAGAAAUCUCAAUCUCUUGGCAUGCAUGAAGGUCCCAGAAAGGGUCAGUAGCGCACUAGGCCAGCAAGGUACAAGAGUGUGCAAACCUAGAGAGGAGAGAAGAAACAGACUUGAAAUGAGGGAAAACGAUUUGCUGUAUCCAAAUUGAUCAGAGAAGCAAGACCAAUGUUAAGUUCAGAGCUUUGAAAUACAGGGUAGCAAGAGAUGACAAGAGGUAGGAAAGGGGUAAACCGGAAGCUUUAUGCCAGCCUCCUUAAUGAAAAGCAUUAAACUGAAGUAGACAGAGUAGUUCAGAAAUUAAAUACCACUGCCUGCCUUGUAAUAUUCUGUUUCCCUUACACUCUGUUUUAUUGACUGUGUUUAGCGGACCCUAGAAGUCAGCAGAGUGCAAAUGGUGACUGGGGUAGAUACACAUCAAAAAGCAUUUGAUAUCGUAAAACAAAUCCAUCUGUUGGGGACUUCUCUUAAGUGACAGGCAAACAGCUAAUGCUGAGAUUGAAACUGUAGAUUAAACAAAAGUUAAUGAAAUUAAAUUACCAGGCUUUAUUUGUUAUCUUCAUUUCACAGCUAACCAUGGGCAGUUCACCCCUCUUUGCUGAGCUAUUGUUUCAGGUCAAGACAGACAGCAAUAUCCAGAAUGUCUCUGAUAACUGGUUUAAAAGUUAGUAACAGUUUAGCCAAAGCAUCAAGCUCAGCACAGAGAUUUACCCUGCUGCUUUACUGUCAUGGUUAGCGUUGCCCUGCCACUGCUCAGUCUUUUUAUUCACACCAGCUCAGUUUCUGCUGCUGCUGCUACAGUACCAUCCCCCUCUGUGAGACAUGCUGCAUUUUCAGUAUCCAAAUCUCUGGUGAAUUUUAAGCCUUUAACCCAGUUCUGCCUCUCAAGACAUUUCAUAAUUCACUAGAAACCCUGAUAAAAAGUUAUAAGUGACAGGCAUUAAGUACAGCGUGCAGGAACAGUUGGUCAAGCAGGUGUCAGACAGGUUCUUGCUUCUGCAGGCCUUAAUGCACAGUAGAAGCCGUUCCAAGAGAAGCAGGUACUUCUUCCCUUUGAGCCUCUCUCCCAUUACUCAUUUCCCACUUAGCGCCCAAACUGUUGAAAUAAAC